AUUUAGUUUCACAAUGUUUGGGGACCUGUUUGAAGAGGAUUAUUCCAGUGUGUCAAGUAAUCAGUGUGGAAAAGGGAAGAUAUUAAAGGCCAAAGCUUUGGAGCCACCUGCUCCUAGAGAAUUCACCAAUUUAAGUGGAAUCAGAAAUCAGGGUGGAACCUGUUACCUCAAUUCCCUUCUGCAGACUCUCCAUUUCACACCUGAAUUCAGAGAAGCCUUAUUUUCUCUUGGUCCGGAAGAGCUUGGUUCUUUAGAGGAUAAGGAUAAACCCGAUGCAAAGGUUCGGAUCAUCCCUUUACAGUUACAGAGGCUCUUUGCUCAGCUUCUGCUCCUGGACCAGGAGGCUGCAUCCACGGCAGACCUCACAGACAGCUUUGGCUGGACCAGCAAUGAGGAACUGAGGCAACAUGACGUGCAGGAACUGAAUCGAAUCCUCUUCAGUGCUUUGGAAACUUCGUUAGUCGGGACCUCUGGCCACGACCUCAUCAAUCGUCUGUAUCACGGAACCAUCGUUAACCAGAUUGUUUGUAAAGAAUGUCAGAAUGUCAGUGAAAAGCAGGAAGACUUCUUAGAUCUAACAGUAGCGGUCAAAAAUGUAUCCGGGUUAGAAGAUGCUCUCUGGAACAUGUAUGUAGAAGAGGAGCUCUUUGACUCUGACAACUUGUACCACUGUGGGAAUUGUGCCAGGCUGGUUAAGGCAGCAAAGUCGGCCAAAUUACGUAAGCUGCCUCCCUUUCUUACUAUCUCAUUAUUAAGAUUCAAUUUUGAUUUUGUGAAGUGUGAACGAUACAAGGAGACCAGCUGUUAUACCUUCCCUCUCCAGAUCAAUCUCAAGCCUUUUUGUGAACAGGGUGAGUUGGAUGACGUGGACUACAUGUAUGACCUCUUCUCAGUCAUCAUCCACAGGGGCGGCUGCUACGGCGGCCACUACCACGUGUAUAUCAGAGACGUCGACCACCUGGGGAACUGGCAGCUUCGGGAGGAAAAAAGUGAGCCAGACGAGAAUUUGAAAGACCUUCAAAAUGAAGAAGAGACUGAUGAUCCAUUGACAAUUAUAAAAGCAAUCUUGCUGCAGGAGGAGAGUAAUCUAAUUCUCGUUGAUCAACUGGGCCAGAAACUCUUGAAAAAGAUAGGAAUAUCUUGGAACAAGAAAUACAGAAAGCAGUAUGGACCGCUGCGAAAGUUCUUACAGCUUCAUUCUCAGGUAUUUCUGCUCAGUUCAGAUGAAAAUACAGUUAGUCUCCUGAAGACCCGUCCUCUCCAGGCUGAAUCUGAUAGCCAGAGGAACAGCAGUCAGCGGGCUUCCAAGACACUCCGUUCAGAGUCCCAAAGAGUGGAUGAUCAAACCCCCUGCCCCCACUGGUUUGAUAUAAAUGAUUCCAAAGUCCAGCCAAUCAAGGAGGAGGAUAUUGAACAGCAAUUUCAGGGUAAAGAAAGUGCCUACAUGUUGUUUUACCGGAAAUCUCAGUUGCAGAGACCCCCUGAAGCUCAAGGCAACCCAAGAUACAGGGUCCCGUGUCACUUGCUGAGUGAAAUGGAUGCAGCCAACAUUGAACUACAAGCAAAAAGGGCAGAAUAUGAUUCUACAAACAAUAAUUUUGAAUUGCAUCUCCACUUGGGUCCUCAUUAUCAUUUCUUCAACGGGGCCCUGCACCCUGUAGUCUCUCAGACAGAAAGCAUGUGGGAUUUGACCUUUGAUAAAAGAAAAACUUUAGGAGAUCUUCGGCAGUCAAUAUUUCAGCUGUUAGAGUUCUGGGAAGGAGACAUGGUGCUCAGUGUCGCCAAGUUCGUGCCAGCAGGACUUCAUGUUUACCAGACACUCGAUGGAGAUGACCUGACACUGUGUGAAAUCAAAAUUGCUGAUGGGGAAGACAUCUUUGUAUGGAAUGGAGUGGAGGUUGGCGGAGUCCAGAUUUCAACUGGAAGUGACUGUGAACCUCUGCUGCUGAACGUGCUUCAUGUGACCACAAGCACAGAUGGGGAACACUGUCAGCAGCUGAUGGAAUCGCCCCACGUCUUCCCGUCUAACGCUGAAGUGGGCGCUGUGUUCACAGCUUUCGCCAUCCCGGCGGGAGCGGUCUUCAUCAACAACACCGAGUCGGCGGGAGAGGAGAACUGGGCCGCCGUUCCCCAGGAGGACUUGAAGAAGACAUUCAGAGAACAAGGAGUCAGAAACGGAAGCUCGCUUCUAAUUCAGGAUGCAAGUCAUAGUGACAGCAGCUUAUUGACCCAACAAGUGAACUGGAUCACUAGCAUGAACGCUGACUGGCUCCAGGUGAAAAACUUAUGUCAGUUAGAUUCUGAGGAGAAACAUGUUAAAAUAUCAGCAACUGUUAACACAGUGGUGUUUGAUAUUCGAAUUAAAGCCAUAGAGGAAUUAAAAUUAAUGAAGGAAAUAGCUGAGGACAGCUGUUUGAGGCCCAUUGACCGAGACGGGAAGCUGCUUUGUCCAGUGCCAGACAACUAUACUUUGAAGGAGGCAGAACUGAAGAUGGGGAGCUCACUGGGUCUGUGUCCUGGGAGGGCCCCGACGUCCACUCAGCUGUUCCUGUUUUUUGCCGUGGGGAGUGACGUCCAGCCUGGGGCAGAGAGAGAGGUCAUAGUAGAAGAAACUAUAUCUGUGAGAGAGUGUUUAAAGACAAUGCUGGAGAAAGCUGGCCUGCCAGGAGACGCGUGGCAUCUGCGGAAAACGGACUGGUGCUAUGAAGCCGGGGAGCCGUUACGUGAGGAGGAUACAACACUGAAAGAGCUUAUGAUAUGCUCUGGAGACACUUUGCUUUUAAUUGAAGGCAAACUUCUUCCUCGGGGUUUCCUGAAGGUGCCCAUCUGGUGGUACCAGCCUCUGGGGCUCUCGAGUCCCUGGACGAGCCGUCAGGACCACGUGCACUGUCCCCCUGCUCAAGGAGGGGACUGGAGAGCUGCUUCCACCCAAGGUGCUCCGGGUGCCCUGCAGGCGGAAGUGCCCCUCCACUACCUGGGUGACGUCGAGAUCUCGGAAGACGCCACCUUGGCGGAGCUCAAGUCCCAGGCCUUGACCUUGCCCUCCUUCUGGGACUCUGCCAUCCUGUCCCCAGCACUCCUCAGGGCCUGGACGGUGGAGAGUAAGCGGCCCGGCAGGCUCUUGCGUGCCAACCAGCAGCAGCUCAAAGAAUAUAAGCUGGGAAGGAAGACUGAGGUCUGCUUGGAGCUCCUGCGGGAGGAAGAGAACCUGAGCCCCCAGGACGUGCUGCUGCGGACACAGGUGCGCGUCCCCGGCGAGAGGGCCUACUCCCUGGCCCUGGACUUGGCGUGGGACACGGCGCGCGGCUGGACUGCCGGCUCCCUGAGGCAGCAAGUCGCCGACUUCUACUCUCUUCCUGUGGAGAAAACUGCAAUUGCCAAAUACUUCCCUGAGAAGUUCGAGUGGCUUCCAGUCUCUAGCUGGAGUCAACAGAUUGCCAAGAGAAAAAAGAAGAAAAAGCAAGAUAAUUUGCAAGGGGCACCUUAUUACCUGAAAGAUGGAGAUACCAUUGGCAUCAAGAAUCUCCUGCUGGACGACGACGACGACGACUUCAGCACAGUCAGCGAUGACCUCGGCAGAGAGAGGCAGAAACAGCUCGCUCUGGAGAGAAAGAGAAGCCAGGAAGCCGGCCGUGAACAAAGCAGUGAUGUGUUCUCUGGAGCAGAGAUGACUGCCCAGCCCCGGGGACCAGAAGCUUCUCUUUCCAUCCACGUUGGGAGCUUCAGAUAGCAAGGCCGCCGGGGGCACCCUCGGGCACAGCAGCCCAAGGCCCGCCCCUGGCAUGACUUUCCAGUUGGCACCAUGCCAGCAGGUUUGUGGCUUCUGCUCACCGACGCCCGGCUUUGUCGUGAGCAGCGGCUGACCCACCUCAGGCCGGCACGUGCAUCGCCAGGCACACUCACGGGUGCCACCACGUGUGCCUCGAGCCACCCGCAGCCCUCACCAGGAGGCGUGGUCCUGCGCCCACCACAGGCCUGGACGAGGCAGCAUGUCCUGGCCCUUGACGCGCCUCCUCCCUGCUGAAGUUGCUGGCUGCUUUGGCCUGUUGGCCACGGCCCUGCAUGGACGCAGAACAGGGCCAGGCCCUCCGGGACACAGGGUCCGCGCCAGCCUCAUGCCAGUCCCCCUCCCCCACGCAGACCCUGGAGCCGGGGCUGCCGACAGGUGGACGGCGAGGGGAGCCAGGUGGCAGCUGGGCGUGGGGCCCACACCCGGGUCUGUGCAAACCUUCCGCUGCCGGGGGAGGUGGGGGGUUGCGGUGACCGUCCCGCGUGGCCUUAGUGAGGUGGGGGAGGAGAAGGAAUUAAACUUUCCUUUCCGCUCUGUUGGUGACUAUUAAA